GAGCGCCAAUGACAGGGCGGGGUUUAGCGAGCGUCAGCUGAACUCCGAUUGACGAUGGCUGCUUUGUUCCGAAUUUCCGCACGGGGGGUUUUAGACUCGCUCGCUGCCUGAUCUUCUUCGUCGACAUUGCACUCGUCAGAGCAAGCAGCAGCACGAUUUCCUCGGCCGGACAUUUUCUCGUGGAAGCAGAGAGGGAGUGAGCUGACGAGGAAUCACAUCAGAGAUUUUUUUAGGGAAGGAAGGAGAGCAGAGAAGCCAUAAACUAUGGCGUCCAUGCUCUCUCUGUCCUCGACAAGCGGCGUCCUGGCGUCUGCAUCGACAGCAGGACCCGUGCGAUCGGUUGUCGAUUCCGCUUCGUCGAGCGGGGCGUCCUUCACGCCUUUCACUGGGCUGAGAGGAAGCUCUUGCUCGUCUUCAAAUGGUGUCAGCAAAGGACAUCUUGCGGUCUCUCGGUCCCGAAGCUCCCGGAGUUACAAGCAGAGACGUAGCGCAGUGGUUGCCAUGGCAGCUGAGGAAGGCGCCAUUCCUUCCCUGAAUGACAUUCCCCUGACACUGUACAUCAAUCAGCAAGGAAGAAUUCAGCCAGCGGUUGAGAAGUCAACGAAGGCAUCCGUGUUCGCAAUCUUCGAUCAAAACAAGAAAAUUCAGUACAUUGGAUUUUCGAGGGAUGUGAGGAACACGCUCAGAACACUGAUGGGUCGUCGACCGACGCUGUGCUACUACUACAAGCUGUACAAUCUGGAUUCUCUGGAUCAGCAACGGAUGCUUUCGUGCAGGCAGCAGUGGGUCUCGGAGCUGGGGCUCCCUCCUGUGGGAAAUGCCGACCCAGUGCAGAAGAACCUUUGGGAGCAAGCUUCCGAUGCUGGAUCCAUAUCCGAACGUGGUAGGCAAGCGGCGGCAACUUCCAUGGCUAAAACGUUUUUGCAAACCAUGGCUGAUCGAGGUUUGAAGGAGGAGAUGGUAUACAAUCCAGAGCUCCUGGCCGCAGGAAAGUGCGACGUUUUGCCGUCCCUGGAUCAAACUGCAGCCGAAAUUGCCUCUGCCGCCAAAGCUCUAGCAGAGCAAGCUGCCAAGCGACGUGCAGUAGUUGUCACCUCACCACAAGGGGAGAAUAUCGAGUUCGAGAUAUUUUUCGAGUUCAAGUUCCCUACCAACGGAGGCUGGAUGUAUGACAUAUUGGUUUCCAAGGAUGACAAAGAGACGAGGCACCGAGUCAUCUGUGGGCGUAUAUAUCCUGAGGCGGUGAACAUCACCGAGGACAGAUUUGUGGAGAUAGUCAUGGGUUUCCUACUGCACAAGAAGGUUCCAAGACGUACAGAGGGUCUGAUGUCAGGCGAUAUGUUCCCCAUCAACUACUUCGCAGUUUCAGAAGUUGCCCAACGAUUCGAUGACAUGAAGGAAUGGUUUGUCGGGGAGCUGCCCGAGACAUACUGGCGGUUCAACAAGAUCCACUCAUACGGUCCCGCAGCUGAUUCGGUCCCCGAAUUGGGACCUGCAAAUGUAACCACGUGGACUAAUUAGUAGAUCAUUCUCGUUUCAUCCUCUUCAGCGGCUCAACUGGUAUCCCUUCCUGAUGACAUCGAAGCUGUUCUCCACCGCAUACGGAGUUCACCUUUACAGUACCCUUUUCACGACGAAACGACACUGUUCUCAGAUCUGCAAGUCAAAAUCUUUUGUAGAAUUAGCAUUGUAGCAUUGAGGUCGUUCUCUCUUUUCGAGAAGCACUUUCAGGUUCUUGCCGAGUUAGUGCGAAGAUCAGCUUGCGAGCAAGCAAAUGUUUUGCUAGGCUUAGUAGAGCUUCCACGAGAAGGACUCGAUGGUUUCAACGGCAUUCUGGCACCUCGUAUUUAGUUAGAGUAGUUGUAUAUCGCUUCCUACUGCCACUUAUGCAUAUGUUACAUUGAGCAACUGGUGAUAAAGUACAGGAAAAGAUUCAU